GGCUGUGUCCCCCCGGGCUGUCCCCAUGACACAGGUGACACUGCCCUGAGUGGGGCUGGUCAUCUUCUUCCAUCUCCUUCCUCCCUGCAGGGUACUGUGGCACCAUGGCCGCUGCUGGUGGGGAGAGGCCAUGAGGGCCGGGGCCAUGGUGUUGUUUGGGGGCUCCCUGAUGGGGUGUCAGCCUUGACAACAACAUGAAUUUCAAUGUCUGGAACAUCAAGGAGAUGCUGAGCACACCAACAGCCCUUGGGCCUAAUAAGUUUUCCAUGAGGAGCAGCACUGCCAGUGACUACUCGAGUCUGAGUGAUUCUCAGCUGCUCUUUGGCUCCCAGUUCUGCCCAGAGAAUGUGCAGUCAGCAGCAGCACCGCUGGAGCUGGGCACGCAGCCGGGACAGCAGAACUCCCAGGAUAGUGAGACCAGUAUUUUUACCAAAUACCAGACAAAACCACAGUUAUUUGAUGAAGAAACGAGAGAAAAAGGUUCUCUUAAUUUUGGUGCAGGAAGAAUGAAAAGUGUCUUGGAAAAUUUUGAAGUGAAUAAGAACAAAAUAAAGGAAAAAUAUGAUCGUGAAGUCCUAAGCUCCUUUAUUUCCAGCACCAAAGACAGGUUUCAAGAGCUGCAAGCGUCCUUGGAGAAGUUUGAAGAAAAGUUUGACUCCAAACUCAAAUCCAGUUUGGUUUGCCAAGAAACCUUUUCCAAGACAUUGCAAGAUGCUCUUCAAAGUCACUCCAGCUUGGUGCUGAAAGCUUUGACAGAUAAAAGCCAAAUGGAGCAGGCACUGCUGGAGAUGGAGAGGAGACUUGCAGCCAAAGAUGUGGAGAUUUUGGAUAUGAAAUCCAGUAUCCAGCAGCUGAAGCAGGGUCAGGAGUCACUGCCAGCCCAGCUGUAUGACCAGUUCCUGAAAGCGUGUAAAGAACUUGGCUUCCUGAACCUGUGUAAUACCACAGCUGAGCAGCACACACUUGUGUCUAGUGCCAGCCUGCCCCCUCCCAUGACAGAUAAGUCCGCCCAGACUUCCCCUGGGCUGUGCCAGCGCUGUGUCCUGAGUGAGGAGUACCCACACCGGCCAUGCUGCCCAUGCAAGGGAGCUUGCAGCUGCUCAGGCUGGUCUCACUGUGUGACAGUGGAGCAGCAACAUGGAGACUCCCCUGGAAGGAACCAGGUCACUAAAGAUGGCACAUCUAAGGGUGAUCAAAGCCCAGCCUCAGGUGAGAAAGCCAGCCCCAUUGCUACAGCAGUCUGUGGCAGAGCAAGCACCCUUUUACAGGAGGUGAAAUGCAGCUUGGAGACACAGAGCUGUGCUCCCCAUCUUUGCAUGUGCCAGGCUGGCAGCCACUUUCUGGGGAGUAGUCAGAAGAAACACUCUCCUGUACCACUGGAAAUGCCUCUACCAACCCCACUGAGGAAGGCGUUCAGGAGAGGCACUAGAGGGUUUAAACCCCUGACACCAUCACAGCAGCAGCAGCCUCAAGUUUGCCACCAUUCUGCACAGAAAGCUACACCUGGGAGAAAACACAGCAACUGGUCCACAGACCACAAGGUGGACAAGGCCGCAGUAGGGAACAAAACAAAACAGAGUCCAGGAAGGAUGUCCUGGAAAAAAGCAACAGGGAAAAAGACAACGUACUUCACUAAGAGGAAAGGUGAAUGCUCUGGAUGUCCUGAGAGUGGGCUGAAGCAGAGGAAGGCAAAUGGGAUUAUUGAGUUGGAAAGCUCCAGAAAAAAUUCCCUUCCCAGAUACUUGGUUGAUCUCAAUUCAGAAAACUCUGAUCCGGUUUUUGCAGCUCCCCAUCAGCAGAUCCUCAGCAGUGUUCAGCUGGGGCUUACAAAGAAAUUCCCACCAGUGCCACGCUCUGAUAAAAGCCUGCAACAACUUGCAAGCAGAAAAAAGAGAAGUCUUGAAAAUAAAAAAACAAUGAAUGUUUCCAGUGUGAAAAGGUACCUCUUGGAUUCCUCGCCGGAGGAGGAUGUACUUUCCCUGUGUAGCACAACAGGUGUAAAGCAAAUGAGCUGCUUCAGCCUCCAAAGCUCCUCAAGGUCCAAGAAACCACAUCCUGUCAAUCUGCUCAUUCAGCAGAACACAGCCUGUUGCUCUUUACUGUUUGAUUGUGAUUCUUCUGAUUGAAGGGGUUUAUUUCCUGUUUGGAGCCCUUAGUGCAGGAUGACCAUUUCAGUUGCAGUUUAUUAGGUGUGUUACCUGCUUAGUCAGAGGCAAGACUCAGGCCAGAUGCUUGAAAGUGCUAUUGCCCAGUUUGAGAUAUUGUAAGGGAUCUAAGCAGGGCUCUCCCCUGGCUUGGAAAGCUGAGGGGAUCUGUAUUGUUUUACUUCCUCGCUCCUGGCAGAGAUACCAUGGGCUUGAGUUACCACAGCCUUUACACAGCAGCGAAGUACCUGACAGUCCCAGGGAGGAGAGGACUGGCAGAGCAGAUGAUCAGCUCAGUCAGAUUUGGCACUGAGAUCUGCUGGAAACUCCUCAGCUAGAUCAAUAUAAUGCUGUCUCUGUGGCCAGAGACUUCACUGCUUCUCACUCAUAGUAUCUCUGUCGGUUUGUUCUGUAAAAGUUUAGGUUUUUAGUAGAGUAGUAUUGUUCUGGUUGAUUUCGACCAGGUUCAGGUUUGUCUCAGGAGUUGUUUGUGAACUUUGGGCAAGGACAGGUUUAACUGACCCAAACCCCAGCAUCUCAGGUUCGUCCACUAUUGUAUCUCUUCUCCUAACAGGCUAAAAUUCCUCAGUUUCAGAGAUUCCAGGAAGUUUUGUAUCUCUUGGCUGACUAAGGAACUCUCCAACAUACCCUUUUCAAGGGCAAUGGUUCUCAGACACCAAAGAUAUGACAGGCAGAUCCAGCAGAUGAGAUGUUGGACAGUCCCAAUUCCCACAGAGCAACUCUUUUCAGGGUACACAGCUGUGACUGUGGGCAGCUCCCACUGCUUCGGGCAUUUGUGUCAUGUUUGAUUUUUGAUCUGAAACUUCACCAGCAAAAGAAAUAUGUUGGUGUUGACAAGACCACAUUGCCACAAAUUCAAAUUAUCCAGCUUUGUCAUCCCAAGGAAAGUGGCUGGGAUCCCUUUUUUUUUUCUUUAAUAAACUCAUC